AAGAAGAAUACGAGCGAGCGACGCCAUGUUAUGAGAUGAGAUGAGAUGGAGCGCUGCUGGCUGAAGGGGGACUUGGCCGGCAACAUUAUUCUCCGCCCCCCACAGCCGGCUCGGUCAUCGAAGGAUAACCAUGAUUGUCGUCAUGGAAACCAGGUACGCUGGGUUCUGCUCCGAUGAUGCAGAUCGACUGACCUUUCUCUGCCCUUCUGGUUCCUGCUUCUGAAUCAGAUUUUAGCCCGCGACUGCGUAGUUUUUGAGCGAUCCAAUAGACGGGGCAGGUGGGUCGGCCGGUGGUUUGACGCUGGCUUCGUGUGACGACGGAGCUGCUGCUUCCUCGUCAUUGUGAUGCUUGACAAGUUUGCACUUUCUCUCGUUGGGUUUGCUACUGGAGCCCCCUUCGGUUGUUGUGGUUGUUGUUGUUGUUUUCUUUUUGACGGCGGUUGCGGUGAUCGAGUGUGUUGUUGUAGUCGCUGAAUAGAGUUGUGAAAAGUGAAUGUGCUGCGCUAAAAGAAUGCAAACAGUCUCUGCACGGGCAUAGUAAGAACUUUGUGGAGGUAAUGGAUAGUGCGUCCUCAAACAUCUCGACUUCGUCAUGUCAGUAGCGGUGGGUCGCAUGCUAUUGCAGAGUUCGUGGAGUGAGGAAGUUGUUGUUGUCGUCUGCCGCAAGGGUUGAAGGAGACGCUACAACGCUCCGGACUUCAUUUUGCAGAGGGCGGUUGUCGGCGAAAGUUCAAUCAUGGCAGCUCCGGCCGUUGUGGUUGCUGGGCCGCCGUCCAUCAAGCAGGAGGACUUGUAUCACCCUUCAUUGGAGCAGUUGCCGGGUCUCGCCUACUGCAUCAACGACAAUCCCAAUUGGGCUUUGUCUAUAAUUCUAGGAUUUCAGCACUAUAUUACCAUGCUUGGCACAUCUGUGCUGAUUCCACUCACUGUCAUACGAGCGAUCGGUGGAGAAGCGGGUGACCUAGCAAGGACAAUACAGUCUGUGCUGUUCGUGAAUGCGAUCAAUACUCUGGUGCAAACAUACUUUGGUACAAGACUGCCGGUGGUAAUGGGAAGCUCUUUCUAUUUCUUACCCAUGGUAUUGUCCAUUGUUAGCAGACGUGGCAUUGUUGACUAUCCCGACCCUCACGAGAGGUUUCUGAGGGGAAUGCGCGCUGCACAAGGGGGUUUCAUAGCUGGAUCAGCUUUGAAUAUUAUCCUUGGCUUCAGCGGUCUCUGGGGCAUUGCAUUCAGAUACAUUAGUCCUAUUGUCAUUGCCCCAGUAACGAUAUUGGUGGGAUUAGGACUUUUUGAGCAUGGAUUCCCGGGGGUAGCCAAGUGUGUUGAGUUUGGCAUACCUGCUCUUCUACUCUUUCUUAUCUUCUCCCAGUACCUGCGGCAUUUUCAUCUGAGGAACCACAGUUUCUUCGAGCUAUACCCCAUCCUCAUCGGAACAGUCAUCGUCUGGGUGUUCGCCAGCAUUCUGACUGCUGCAGGCGCUUACGAUCAUGCCAGCGCGCUUGGACAAAGAAACUGCAGGAUUGAUCGAUCAGGCCUCGUGAGCGGCGCUCCUUGGGCGAGGAUACCAUAUCCUCUGCAGUGGGGUGCCCCUACUUUCGACGCAGGUGAUGCUUUCGGAAUCAUGGCGGCAGCUUUUGCGUCUCUUCUUGAGUCCACUGGUGGGUUUUACGCUCUCUCUCGACUUGCUGGUGCAACUCCACCGCCCUCGCAUAUUGUAAGCAGAGGAAUCGGUUGGCAAGGAAUCGGGCUCUUGCUGAACGGAUUCUGGGGGACUUUCACUGGCACCACCGUAGCACCAGAGAAUGUUGGCCUUGUUGGCUUGACCCGAGUGGGAAGCAGGAGGGUGGCCGAGAUCUCUGCAGUGUUCAUGUUCUUCUUCUCGAUCUUUGGAAAAUUCGGUGCCGUGCUUGCGUCGAUUCCCCAGCCCAUUGUGGCAGCUUAUCUUUGCGUCACCUUCGGCAUGGUUGUGGGAACUGGAAUCUCGAUUUUGCAGUUCGCCAACAUGAACUUGACUCGCAACAUCUUCGUUGUGGGCUUCUCCCUCUUCAUGGGAUUAUCUGUGCGUCAGUACUUCACAGAGUUUUCGAUGCGUGCUGGACAUGGCCCCGUGCACACAAAUUCCCGAUGGUUCAACGACAUCCUCAAUGUCUUCUUCUCCUCUUCCGUGAUUGUAUGCUUCGUAGUGGCGACCGUCCUGGACACUACUCUCACCCGUCACGUGUCCAAGAGGGACAGGGGUAUGCUGUGGACUCGCAAGUUCAGGUACUAUCGUAACGAUCCUCGAAAUGAAGAGUUCUACAAGCUGCCAGCAGGCCUGCACAAGUUCUUUCCCCCCUCAUAAGGUGGCACCUUCUUCACAACGGAAGGAAAACAGUGCUGUAACUAUUCCCAACUACGAUGGACCAAGCUCUCCAGCUGUACAAUUUCUGCUCUUUUGUUGAGCCAAUUUAUCAUGUGAAUCGAAGUGGGCGUGGUCGACUUAGUAUCAUCAGAUGCCUCAAUGAAAUCUUUGAGGCGAUUGAGUUGUGCAUGAUUAGAGGUUGUGAAAUACUGGUGAUGAUUGAUUAGCGUUGGCCGCGGCUGCAAACAGAAUAGUCCCAUGACUCGAAUCAAUCUAACGAAUUUUGUAGACAUAUAUGACGAUAUUUUGAAAAACCUAGGCAGGUGAGUAGGGGUAGUAACUGGUGUGGAACUAGGGUGCUACGCCCUGGUGCCGCGCACUUAGCUCUUACGUGGACAUUGGAUGUGUUCCAUUCCCACUCUGGGGAAGCACUCAUGAUACAUUGGUGUGAACAUCUGCCUAGGCCAUGGAAUUUGUGUCUGCUUUA